AUGCUACUUUUCUCCAGUUUUCUCAUCUCUGGACUCUACGCUGCUAGUGCCUCGAUUCAAUUCAACAAGCCCAAAAUCAAAGAAGGAGAGCAACUAAUCGUCACUUGUGAUUUGAGUGGAUUCGGAGCAGAUGUCAAAUUUAGAAUUUUGAAGGAACAAGAGCAAAUUUUUCUAUCAGAAGCUGGGGAUGGACAAGCUAGCCCGCCUUGGCAAGUCUCCGGCAACAGCAUCUCAAAACAAGCCGACAGAAUCGACAUGGCCGAGUACAAAUGCAUCGCCGAAGAUUCCGCCAAGAACUUCGCCCUUACCGAGCGAGAAUUAAUCGUGCUUGUCCCCCCAUCGCUUCCAGUCAUCGUAGAGCCAAGCGAUAAAAAAUUAAUCGUCGGCAAGGCUGGAGAGUUGGUAUGCAUUGCUGAUGGCAGCCCGCAGCCAACUUACACGUGGCACAAAAUCGACAAAGCAACAGGAACAAAACUCCAACUUCCCGCUGAUGCUCGAACCGACAAAAGAUACUUCGCAAAUUCUCAAUUCACUGUCGAUGGAAAUACAGUCAAAUUCCUCAAUGUUACUGAAAAUGAUGCUGGAGAAUAUUUCUGCACGGCGAGAAAUGAAGCUGGUCAAAGUGAAGGAGAACCGACUUUUAUUGGCGUUGGUUCGCUGAAUAUUGCGUCCGUUGUUGGAAUCGUCUUCGCUGUCAUUUUCGGCGUCGCUCUUAUUGGAAUCAUCGCUUUCGUCAUUUUCAAAAAAGUGACAGGCGGUGACAGUGAUUCCUACGUGGACGAAAACGAAGUAUUCGACGAUGAAGGCAACGACGUCGCCAUGGGCGAAAGCUACGACCCUUACGAACAUCACAAGGGCACGAGCCGCCAGGAUUUCUCACACAGAGAGGGUGAAGUGUCUCUGAUUGCUUGA